AUGGCACUGGACUCCGUAGGUUGCUCAGGGGACGCAAAGGGGAGGCAGGUAUAUCCCUCAGUGGACGCACAGAUCGCUCGCAGCUUUACAGCAAGCGGCAGUGGAUACUGGGAUAUGAAGUCAAAUGACCAUGGGGAUGUGUUAGUCCACCGCGCAACUGUAGCCAAGGAGAUCUGCAGGGCUCAUAACAUCAGCAGGCUUCCCAUGGCUGAUCUGGUCCAAGUUCUACAGCGGCCGUCCAGUUAUAAGGGGAUGGAUGGACGGUACAUAACAUGGCUGAUUAAUGAUGAUAGGGCGCGCUUUCUUUACUGCGUAGUCCCUAAGACAGGUUCCACCAACCUACGGAGAAUCUUGGCGGAACUAAAGCAGAGACCACAGAACGUAACACGAGCAUUCAACUGGACUCGGAUGGCGGCAAAGGAAUCCUGGUUCUAUAGGUUUGACUUUCUCUCGUCAAGAUCAGCAGACCAAAUUUCAGAAAUCCUCAAUAGGCCAAAUUAUACCAAGAUCCUGACUGUACGGCAUCCUAUAGAACGGAUCAUAUCUUUAUACCGGAUGCUUUUUGAAGGAGAUCAUUUCGAGAACAAAACGGUUAACUUUCUUCAAAGUGUCACCGAUGGUAUGGUGCAAAUGAUAAGGGGAAGGUUAAAAAUGCCAAACUUGACAUCCGAAAAUGUCACAUUUACACACCUCGUUCGAUACAUUAUUGACCACGACCAGUGCAUCAAGCAGGCGAGAUGUAGAACAAACUGGUACGAGGCGCAAUGGUCUCCCGUCUGGAGGAUGUGCCGCGUCUGCUCCGUGGAUUACGACAUCGUUAUUCGACUAGAGACUUACGACAUGGACCUGCCUUACCUGCUGCACAGGGCCAACUUCUCCAGCACUCUCCAUUAUCCAGAUUAUUACAAACGAACCAGUAAGGAUCUCACAGACAGGUAUUUAAGACAACUAACCAAGGAACAGAUAGACGGCUUGUAUGAAGUGUAUAAAAUGGACUACAAGUUGUUCGGAUACAGUCAUACCAGACCAGAUGUAUUCAAGGAUAAGUGGCAGGAGUAG